GGCCAUGGCGGCCCCGGCGGAGGAUGCGGACGAGCGGCCCCUCCAGGACGAGCAGGCGACGGGCCCGGGCAAGGGACGCUUUCUCGUGCGCAUCUGCUUCCAGGGAGACGAGGGCGCUUGCCCGACCCGGGACUUCGUGGUGGGCGCGCUCAUCCUGCGCUCCAUAGGCAUGGACCCCAGCGACAUCUUCGCGGUCAUCCAGAUCCCCGGCAGCCGCGAGUUCGACGUGAGCUUCCGCUCGGCGGAGAAGCUGGCCCUGUUCCUCCGCGUCUACGAGGAGAAGCGCGAGCAGGAGGACUGCUGGGAGAACUUUGUGGUUCUGGGGCGGAGCAAGUCCAGUUUGAAGACGCUCUUUUUUUUCAUCCUCUUCCGGAACGAGACCGUGGACGUGGAGGACAUCGUGACCUGGCUCAAGCGCCACUGCGACGUGCUGGCGGUGCCUGUGAAAGUGACCGACAGGUUUGGGAUCUGGACCGGCGAGUACAAGUGCGAGAUCGAGCUGCGCCAGGGGGAGGGCGGGGUCAGGCACCUGCCCGGGGCCUUCUUCCUGGGGGCCGAGCGGGGCUACAGCUGGUACAAGGGGCAGCCCAAGACGUGCUUUAAAUGUGGUUCCCGGACCCACAUGAGCGGCAGCUGCACGCAGGACAGGUGCUUCAGGUGCGGGGAGGAGGGGCACCUGAGCCCGUACUGCCGGAAGGGCAUCGUGUGCAACCUCUGUGGCAAGCGAGGACACGCUUUUGCCCAGUGUCCCAAAGCAGUUCACAAUUCCGUGGCAGCUCAACUAACCGGCGUGGCCGGGCACUGAACACCCGCCCACCUGCCAGGGUGAACACACAGCCAGCUUACCCCUCUUAAGUGCCAAAACUUUUUGUAAAACCAUUUUUUUAUCGUUUUUGAAGGAGAUCUUUUUAAAAUCUACAAGAGACAUCGAUGCCUUCUUAAAUCGAGUUUACUCUAUUGCAGCCUGACUUGAGCUGGUGACUCCGUCAUCAGUAAGGACUACGAGAACUGUGGUGUACAGAUACAUCGCCCUUCCCUUUUUCACAUUUUAUUUUUCGUUUUUGUAUUUCGGUUUUUGUUUUGUUACUUGUACUUUUUACUCUCCCCACAGCAUACCUUGUCUUCGCUCUGUAUUUUCACUUCGGGCUGCCCUCUCAGCGUCGUGCCCAGCACUAGGUCUGGGACCCCACACGUGGCAGGCACCCCAUCAGAGUUUGUUGAACUGAAAACAUUGUUGACUGUGGCUCUGUCAGUGUCUACCUUUUGCAGCUC